AGGCGCGGUGGGGCUGCUGCGCCGGAGGUGAGCAAUCUGAGGGAGGAAGGGAGGGAAGGGACCAGCGACUCCAAACGGUGCAAUCACGUUCCCACCGACAACGCUCACAUGAGGAUGUUGUCAUCCGAGCGCGCAGGGAGGUGCGAGCUUUGCCGGCGCCCGAUCGCGGGGAGCAGUAUCUUGGUGUGCCUGGAAUGCGGCCGGCAUUUCUGCAGUGGAGUGGGGGCACUUGAGUAUCCAUUCGGGCACUCCCGGUAUCACGCCAAGCAGGAGCAGCAUUGGGUUGCUGCGCUGUCUGAUGAUCCAGAAUCCGCAUUCUGCUUCAAAUGUGAUUAUGUGGUGGUGGGUGUCACUCCUCCAGAUGCGGUGGAAAUGAUGGACAAAGCUGAAGCAGGUGAUCAUGCGUUUGGAUCAACUGAUAGCCAUGAGUUGUCAGCUGCCGCAGCGGCAGAUUCUGGGUGCGACGAGGACGGGUGGCCGGAGCGGUGCACUCACGUCCGCACUGACAGUGCUCACUUGAAGAUGUUGAGUGCGUCGUUGUUAUCCGAGCGCGCAGGGAGAUGCGAGCGUUGCAAGCACCCGGUCGAAGGGAGCAGUAUCUUGGUGUGCAUGGAGUGCGGCCGGCAUUUCUGCACCGGGGUUGGGUCAGGUGAUGACCCAGUUGGGCACUCACGGCAACACGCCAAGCAGGAGCAGCAUUGGGUUGCCGCGUUGUACGAUGAACCAGAAUCUGCAUACUGCUUCAAGUGUGAAUAUGUGGUGUGUGUCAUUCCAGAUGAGGUGGAAAUGAUGGACAAAGUUGAGGCAGGUGGUCAUGCGUUUGAAUUCAAACCAGCUUAUGGGCAUGGCUAUGCUAUCAGAGGGAUACCAAAUAUCGGAAACACAUGCUACCUGAAUGCAAUGGUGCAGUGCCUCCUUGUGCUUGAUAAGCUGCGGGCAAGGAUGUUAGGACCGGAUGCUCCGAAGGGUCUCCUUGCCAUGGCACUCACGGAACUUUUUGUGGUGACAAGUGCUGCAGGAGACAUACUGGACCCAACGAAACUCUUGACAUGUGUAUGCUGGUAUAAUGAGACGUUCAAAGGCGGUGGUAUGCAUGACAGCCAGGAAUUGCUUUGUUCCUUGCGCAAUUGUUUAAAUGAAGACGAGGAGAAAUAUAAGAAUCUUCAUGGGCAAAGUGGUGCUCCUACAGUUAUCAAUUCCAUUUUUGGGUUUGAGCUGUCUGAGACACGGACCUGCAAAUGUCGUUUGUCUAAUUCGGUUUCCCAUGCUUUCUUCUAUGAUCUCCCACUGGCACUGCCAUCAAAGGGGCAUCCAGCCAAAAGUGCUGCAUCACCACAAACAAGCGGGAGUCUCAAAUCUCAACCGAAGAAGAUUGCUAUUCAAGUAUUUCCAGCAAAUGAACAGAGUAACUCGGAAAAGAUCCAAACAGUUGCUGAAAGGGGUGAUUCUCAUCUUCUUGGUUCAGAAUUGAAAGAUGUGGUCGUGGAGGAAACACCUGAACCUUUGGAAGUUGGUGAGUUUAUGUGCUCCUGCACCUAUUCAAAGGCCCUGACUGCAGAUGUUGGGGUUCUCGAAAAGAAAGCUACUUUGAAUGCGGAGGAUAAAGAUCCUAAAAAAUAUGUAGAGGAUGACAGUUGCUGGUUGCAUGAUGUUGCUACUGCAGAUAAAUUUAAACAUUAUAUGCUUGGUUCUGCAGAUUCUACUGAAGUGCAACGUAUCUGUCAAAGCAAGGAUGUUGUUGUACAGGGUCCUUUGCAGACUCAGGAGGACAAGGACUUGUGCUCCGAACUUUCACGAAGGAUCAUCAAGGUGCCAGUAAAGUCUGUUAGUUUUCUUCCUCAUAAUGUGUCUGAUGUCAAAGUUGAGGAAAUGGAUAAGAAGACAGCAGAUUCAAUAGGAUCGAUUGAGGACUGCCUAUCACUAUUUUUUGAAGAAGUGAUAGAAUGGCGCUGUGAUAAUUGUUCCAAGGUUUAUAAGGAGCUGAGUACCAAUCAAAGUGAAAAUGGUGAGCAGAUAGUGGCUAGUACCAAUGAAAACACUACAUUUGAUGGGGACCAGGCUGAACAGUCAGAUAGGACAACAUGCCAAAAUGAGCAAUCUAAUGGUUCAAACAGUUUGUCAGUAGAAUGCAAAUCUUCUUCAAGUAGGCAACCACAUGGUUCUGAUGCACAGAGUCAGAUUGUACAAAUAGUGGAUAUAAUUACCGAAGGAACAAAUUUAGGGAUGAGUUGUGGUGAAAAAGACUCAGCUGCUUGCAGCACAGCCGAUAAAGAACCUGAAUGCCACGAAGGUAUUCUAGAAGCUGUAAGUAGUUGCCUUCCAGAUGAGAAACAGACCAACCUGUAUCAGGACAGGACAAAGCAAAUAGGGCCGGAUCAUAGUGCAUACCUAUUGAAAGACGACAGAAAUGAGCAGAAAGAUAGGAAUGGAGAUGCUAUUCAAACACGGCUUUUUAACAAGCUGCCACCUGUAUUAACUCUUCAUCUUAAGAGAACCGACAAUCUCCAGCGUAAAAUUAGUGAGCAUGUGAAAUAUAAGGAGUAUCUUGAUGUAGGGCCAUUCAUUGACCCCAGCUCUGUGGACAAAGAUAAUUCCAUCUAUCGUCUAGUUGGUGUCGUAGAGCACCGUGGCACCGGCUCCUUGAACACAGGACACUAUGUUGCUUACGUGAGAGCAAGAAGGCUUGGAAAUCACCAACAGCAGAGCAGCUGCUCUCACUCAUGGUUUCGUGCAGACGAUAGUGUCAUCACUGAAGUCUCUCUAGAAGAUGUUCUCAAGCGCCAGGCUUACGUUCUUUUCUAUGAGAGGAUGGAAGACAUGUCUGGCAUAAGAUCCCACAACUAAUCAGAAUAACAGUCACCAAAUAAGCAGAUGAGUGAGAUUAGCAGACCUUCUGAUAGCCAAGGAUUCAGUCAGUGUACAUACAAACAUAGGCUCUUGAUCAAGUCCAUUUAUGUUGCAGGGCUUCAAACUGACUGCAACGUGUAUUUUCUUUUCUUUUUUUAUUUUUUAGAAAUACUGCAACGCGUACGGAGUUGGAUUUUUUU